GUGUCAGCCUGUGAAAUCCAUCUCUAAGGUUGCAGCUCAAAGCCCUACUUCCAAAUUAGAAGAUGAAGGUUCUAAAUCCAUUAAUGUUGAAACAGCAGGCAAGGACAAUGAGGAGGCCAGAACAACCACUGAUGUGGUUGCUGAGAAAGUAUCCAAAUCUCCGAAAGCUGAAAUGACAAGCAAGGAUGAUGAUGACACCCGUUCAACUACCACUUCAACUUCUACACCUCGUGGGCGGAGAAGCAGCGUUGGGUCGGCAUCUGGAUUCUCGUUCAGGUUGGAGGAACGGGCUGAGAAACGGAAGGAGUUUUAUAUGAAACUAGAAGAGAAGAUCCAAGCAAAAGAAGUUGAGAAGACUAAUUUGCAGGCGAAAUCACAGGAGAGUCAGGAAGAAGAGAUCAAAAGGUUGAGGAAGAGUUUGACAUUCAAGGCUGGUCCUAUGCCUAGUUUCUACAAAGAACCUCCACCUAAGGUUGAAUUGAAGAAGAUACCAACAACUCGUCCUAAAUCUCCUAAGCUAGGACGCAGGAAGAGUAGCAGCGAUGCAACUGGAGUUGUAGCUGCUCCUCGUGUGACAAAACCAAAAGACUCAUCAUCAUCAUCUACACUGAAGAAACCCAUAACAAAAUCUCAGCCGAAGCUUGUAACUCAAGAGAAGUCAGUGAAGGCCAAAGAAAAGAAAAAGGAAGGGAAGAAAGAAGAAGCAGAGAAGAGAGGAGAUGAAGAGAAGGCUACUGCUGUGGCUGCAGAACCAGAAGUGAAGAAACCGAACACCAACAACGUCCAAGUGAAGGCCGAGAUUAUGACAAGCGAGGUUGCAGUGGGAGGUUGAUCAGAGAAGCAAAAGACAGCGUUUGGCAGCGAUAUCUAAUGUCUGCUUCUUCUUUUUUUUCAUAAAAGCAUUAAUGUGAAUAGAGUUGUUGCGUCGAGUUUCAUUUUUUUUACUUUUAAGAGUUUCAGUUUACUUCAUUCCUUCAGUUUAUUUUAUUUUUUUGGAAAUUAAGCGUCACUCCUUCUUAAGUUGGUCUGUCUAAUGUGUGGAAAUCAAAAAUUUAAAACAUAUAUUAUGAAGAUGUAAUUAGAUUUUAACCAGUGAUAUAGUAUGAGACAAAUUAUUUGUAACUAAAAAA